AUGCAGGUUUGCAACUCCUUCAAGCUGCGUCUCGCGCGUGUCCAGAGUGUGGUGAAGAACGUAGUCAACCGUCGCCUACGCAAGGAGAAGAAGAGGCGCUCAAUCCAGAUUUCCGAGCCGUUUGCCUUCAGACAUGUCACCACAAACAUCAAAGGCCUUAGUGAGGAUGAGCUCCAGGUCCUCCGUGAGAAAGCUAUAGCCAGCCGUUUUUCCACCAUCGACGCCCAGCUUGCACAACAGCAGCAACAUGACCUCCACCAGAAGCCAGCCCGGCCAAACAAGACCCGCGCUGGCUACCGCGGCCUCACAUCGUCCCCGCUGAGCGCCUCGAGGCCUUCAAUCACGCAGUCUUUUGCGGCGGAGGACAGUGCUUCCCAGCUGAGCCACACGACAGCGUCCUCGAGCGGUGGAAGCGACCACGGCUGCGAUCUAGCGAAGGAGACACUCAUCUAG